AUGAAGCACGGACAGAGAGACGGUGAUGGAUUCCCUAUUCCCGUAGCGUUCGUGCACCACAAUUACGAUCGUCUUGUAUCCGCAUUGAACUUGAUUAACGUCAACUAUCCAAACAUCACCAGAUUAUACACCGUGGGCAAAAGUGUGCAAGGGAGAGACUUGUACGUGCUCGAAGUGUCCACGAGUCCCGGGCGACACGAACCUGGCAAACCGGAAUUCAAGUACGUGGCCAACAUGCACGGUAACGAAGUGAUCGGUCGGGAAAUGUUGCUGUUGCUUGCGCAGUACUUGUGCCAGAACUACGGUAUCGACCAACGCGUCACCAGGUUGGUUGACGGAGUGCGGAUACAUCUGAUGCCGACGAUGAACCCGGAUGGAUACGAAAUAUCCAAUCAAGGAAUUAAAGACGUUAACGACGUAGUUGGCCGCGACAACGCAAACAGAGUUGACUUGAAUCGAAAUUUUCCGGACAACAGACAUUCCUUGCACUUAUCAAAACAAGAACCGGAAACCAAAGCAAUCAUCGAAUGGAUCAAAAGCAUUCCGUUCGUUUUGAGUGCCAAUCUACACGGCGGAGCUCUUGUGGCCAAUUACCCUUUCGACAGCAGCGCGAUCGACGGUAAUUCCAAUCCACAGGCUUCGUAUACCCCCGACAACGAUGUAUUUGUGCUACUAGCCAAAACAUAUUCUAUGAACCAUCCGAAAAUGCAUUUGGAUAGCAACAAGUGCGCAAACGAUACGACGUCGUUCAAGGACGGGAUAGUCAACGGUGCCUCGUGGUACAGCGUGGUUGGCGGCAUGCAAGACUUCAACUACUUAAACACGAAUUGCUUCGAACUCACAUUCGAGCUGGGCUGCACCAAGUUUCCAUUUCAGAGUGAUUUGGAAGGUUACUGGCUGGACAAUCGCGAACCGCUGCUCACUUUCAUGGAACAAGUGAACAGGGGUGUGAAGGGAUUCGUGCUGGACGACAAGGGGCACGGUGUGCGGAACGCGGACAUAUCGGUCGUGGGCAUUGAACACCCCGUAAAAUCGGCGAGCGAUGGUGAUUACUGGCGGAUAUUGGUGCCGGGAGACUAUGAAAUAUCGGUGACAGCAUAUGGGUAUAAAAGGAAGACUCAGUCCGUCCAUGUGAACAACUCCACGGUACCCACUUGGUUAAACUUUACGUUGCUCAAGGAAAACCUCGAUGAAUGGUCUCAAGUCAACGAUUUUGGUUUGAGAUCGAAUGUGAUUAAGAUGAACAGUUACAAUACGAGAGCAUUGUUUCUGAGCAAUCUUAAAGAAUUGGAAAAUAGUUUGUCAAAUGUAGCCGAAUUAGUUACGACACCUAGUUCUUUAGACCAUGAUUCAGAGAAAACAAUUCAAUUUAAAGUCACUGAAAAUGUAGGGUCGCCUGACGAAUUCAAAUUCAAAAUUGCCAUUUUGGGUGGAUUGUACAUCAAUGAACCUGCUACUCGUGAGAUAUUAUUAUUUUUGGCUAGACAUUAUGUCGAGGGUUACAGAAAAAAGGACAAGGACAUAGUUUCGUUUUUAUCAAAAGCCGUGUUACAUUUUAUACCCUACUUCGAACAAAACGAGAAUUCUUAUGAAAAGAUAUGUUCGACCGACGAUCAAGCUGUAGUUACCGCACCACUAUUGAUAGCUACUAACCAACAAGAUGAGCAGAAGACCACUGACAACUUAUGGAAAAUGUUACAACGAGAACAGUUUGAUAUGAUGUUCAGUCUGGAAGGUGGAUCUAUUUCAAUAAAGGGUCCAACAAUUCAUCCAAGGAACACAAUUUCCAUAAUACUACAGGAUUAUGAAGAGUUAUAUUAUAGUAAUUUAAAAAAUACUUGCGGUGAGCCAUUAGAUCGUAAAAUCAAUGAUGUUAAACAAAACGUGUUGGAUACAUUCAAUAAUGUGUUAAAAAUUAAAACCAUGGCAUUACGUUUAACCUGCUGUAACUACAUUGAUCCAUUAGAAACAGUGUUUGUUUGGAUGGAUAGUUUCCAUAUGCUCAAAGUCAUCAUAGAAAACAUUCAAGGUGUUCAAGGAUCAGUUGUAGAUAAAUUAGGCAAACCUAUUCGGAAUGCAGUCGUAACAAUAAAUAUGUUUGCUGACGUUUACUCAGUCACUCCUAAUUCUGCUGUUUUUAAGGCACACCUGCCGAUAGGUUUAUAUAAUAUUCAUGUCAAGGCAACCGGAUAUUUGAUGAAAAGUAUACCGAUAAGUGUGCACCGUGGAAUUAUUACUAAUAUGAAAGUUAUCAUGUCACAUGUUGGCCAUGGUUCUGUAACUCUAGGAUUAAACGCAUUGGUUAAGGGUUCUGUUAUGGAUAUUGAAAACAGACCAAUCGAGGGUGCAAUCAUAACGGACGAUUCAUCGUCUUCGGUGUCCUCUACUUAUCAUAAUGGGACCUAUAAAUUAUAUCUUGGAGAAGGUAUCAGAACAUUACGAGUAAAUGCUCAUGGAUAUUACACUUCCAUAAAAUCAAUUAAUAUUCAAGACGACAAACCUCAGACAAUGAUUUUUAAAUUAAUUAAAGAUGAAAGAGUUUUUAAUAUGCCAAGGUUGAUGUUUAUAGUCCUUACAGUUUUUAUAAUCUCCAUUAUUGGAGUAAGUUGGUAUCAUUUCUACCUUAGAUGGAAAACUGGAAGACCGUCGUCAUUCGCCUAUAGAAAUGGUUUUGCAUUGCUGCCACAAAAACCGUAUCUUUUUGAUGACGAUGAUGAAGUGGAACUAUUUCGCAACCCAGUCAUUAAAGAUUCUGUGACUAGGCCAUACCACGAUGAUUCAGACAUAAGUUUCACAGACAGUUCAGAAGAAUCAGUAUCUUGUUAUGUUCGGUAA